AUGGCGUCCGAACCACCGAGCAACCUCAGCAACAACCCCACCAUCCUCUCCUCACCCUUAAUCGCCGUCACCGCUGCCAACGGCACCGCCCACUUCUCCGUCCACAGUGCCACCCUCCUCGCCCACUCCCCACCACUAAACUGUGCCCUCACCGGCCCGUGGAAAGAGUCAACCACCCAACAAAUCGACCUCCCUGACUGGGACGGCCCCACCGUUGCCCGCUUCCUCCAGUACCUCUACAUUGCCACCUACUCCUCCGAGCCGCACACCCUCCUCCCUCACGCCCAGCUCUACGCCCUCGCCGACUACAAAGACGUCCCCGGCCUCCGCCAGCUCACGCUCACCCGCCUCGCGCAGGCACUCGAUGCCCCCACUGGCGCACCCCCAACAACGACGAUGCUGCCACCGCAACCACCGACGCAGUCGACCUGA